AGUUUAUGGCUCUCAGUUCAAGUACUAAUUCACUCGGGGCAAGCAGAUCACUAAGCAUGCAAUUCGUACUAGUGGUGGUACUGGUUCUCUUUGCAUUUGCGACCGCGACGAAAGAAGCAUUAGCAGCAGAAGCCAGUUUGCCUCAAGCCAAGCCUGACUGCACUGAUCACUGUGGCAAUCUCACCAUUCCAUAUCCAUUCGGCAUAGAGCCUGGUUGUUACAUGACAAAAGCUUUUUAUGUCGAUUGUAACACAUCCACUGAACCCCCUACAGCAAUGUGGCAGGGUGGUCCCAUCGCUAUCAACAACAUAUACCUGGAUGAUGGUGAGAUGCAAAUAACGCAAUACGUAGCCUACGAUUGCUAUGACAGCCAGGGUGAGAACAAGUACAACAAACCAGUGCUCGGCGUGCCUCCUUUCACCGUCUCUCAUACUAGGAACAAGUUCAUUGCCGUUGGUUGCGACACUAGUGCAGUUUUCAGAGGUUACCGUGCAAACGAAGAGAGGUUGAUGACUGGAUGCAUGUCCAUAUGUGACGACUUUGACAGCGUUGGAACGUCUUGCUCCGGGGUUGGGUGUUGCGAAGCUAACAUCCCUAGCGGACUUAAGAACUACACUGUCGGAUUGGAUAGCUAUUAUAAUCACACAUACGUACUGGACUUCAAUGACUGCAGCUAUGCGUUCAUCGUUGAAGAAGGCAAGUUUACCUAUUCCCCCAACACAAGUUUUAAGGAACUUUCCGAAACUGAAGAGCUUCCCAUGAUUCUCAAUUGGGAAAUUGGGAAAGGCACAUGUGAUGAAGCUGAGAAAAAAGAUGAUUAUGCAUGUAAGGCACAUAGCAAGUGUGUCGAUCGGACCAUCAGCGAUGAGCUAUCUGGUUAUAUUUGCCACUGCGAGCCGGGUUACCAAGGGAACCCAUACCUGCCUCUUGGUUGCCAAGAUAUUGAUGAGUGCAAGGUUUCAAAACCCUGCACGAAUGGAAUUUGUGAAAAUUCACCUGCUGGAAGUUACUCUUGUUUGUGUGACAAAGGGUACAGAAACAAUGGAACGAACCAUCAAAUUUGUAUUCAGGAGAUCCCCAAGGACGCCAAAAAUCAAAAGACCACGCUCCUGCUUACUGUAUCAUUGAGUGUAACUGGGGGCUGCUUGGUUCUGUUUGUUGCGAUUACAUGGAUAUGUUGCAGAAUGAAGAAAAGAAAGUUCAUGAAACUGAAAGAAAAGUACUUUAAAGAGAAUGGUGGCUUAUUGUUACUACAGAAACUUGCUAACCAUGGAGGGUCAGUGGAAACAACAAAAAUAUUCACCGCAGAAGAAUUAGAGACGGCAACAAACAAUUACCAUGAAAGCAGAGUCCUUGGAGAAGGAGGCUACGGAACAGUUUACAAAGGAAUACUACCAGAUGACAAAGUGGUUGCCAUAAAGAAGUCCAAAGGAGGAAACUCGACCCAGAGUGAACAGUUUGUUAACGAGGUGAUUGUUCUUUCCCAAAUCAACCACAGAAAUGUAGUGAAGCUACUUGGUUGUUGUUUAGAAACAGCAGUGCCUUUACUAGUAUACGAGUUUGUCAGCCAUGGCACUCUAUAUGAGCACAUUCAUAAGAAAAGAUCAUCACUGCCAUUUGAACUACGAAUGAAGAUAGCUGUUGAAACAGCGGGGUCACUAGCAUACUUACACUACUCAACUUCAAUGCCAAUUAUACAUCGAGAUGUGAAAACAGCAAAUAUACUCCUAGAUGAUAACUACACGGCAAAAGUGUCGGACUUUGGAGCUUCAAGGUUGGUUCCUCUAGGUCAAGCUGAAAUACAAACUUUAGUGCUUGGGACAUUUGGAUACCUAGACCCAGAGUACUUGCAGUCAAACCAACUAACAGAAAAAAGUGACGUCUACAGCUUUGGAGUUGUCCUAGUGGAGCUACUAACAAGCCAAAAGGCCCUAGCUAAUGAUAAAUGUUUAGCAAGCAUCUUUGUUUCUUCCAUGGAUGAAGAUUGCUUAAAAGAUAUUCUUGAUGAUGCCAUAGUGAAUGAGGGAAACAUUGUGGCAGUAGUAAGCGUGGCCAAACUCGCAAAAAGAUGUUUAAGUGUUAAAGGGGAGGAAAGGCCUACCAUGAAGGAAGUUGCCAUGGAGCUCGAGGGGAUGGCAGUUAUGGCCAAGCAUCCGUGGGGAAAGGAUGCUAAAUUCUGUCCAGAGGAGAAUGAGUACUUGCUCGGGUCACCUGUUUCAGACAGUUAUGUUAUGGAUGUUAGAGGAUCUGAUCGCAAUUCUAGUGGUUUAAGUGUUACUGGUACAACUACUGGGUAUGACAGCAUGCAAAUCCAGAUGUUGAUGCCACAUGGUGAUGGAAGAUAGUAAGUUGGCAUGUUCCUUGUGAUUUAGUAGUUAGUACCAUGUAAUGCAUGUUUUUUUUAUGGAUGGUUGCAAUCUUUGUUUCAUUUUUAGUAGUGAAGCUUCAUAAAUAAGUGUAUGUAAGCAUACGGUUACUUUCAAAUAUAUGUAAAUCAGGUGUGGUUUUAUGUGUAUACA